UAAACCCGGUAAAAGACAGACACGGCACGAAGGAGCUUCAUUCCGUUUCGUCAGUAGUUCUGGACAGAGGCAGACCUUACGAUCACCCUUCCAUCACCAUGGCUAACUCCACUGGACCACAGAUGGCUUUCUACGGGUCUCAGGAUAUGACCUAUGGAUAUCCCGAAGGUGUGACUAUUGUGGACUUUGUUAGGCCUGAAAUCAAGCCGUACGUCCACCAGCACUGGUACAACUAUCCCCCCGUCAACCCCAUGUGGCACUACCUCCUUGGUGUCAUCUACCUGUUCCUUGGAUUCAUUUCCAUCAUUGGCAACGGCCUGGUGAUCUACCUGUUCGCCAAAUGUCAGGCUCUUAGGACUCCCGCUAACAUCCUCGUGGUGAACCUCGCUCUGUCUGACCUCAUCAUGUUGACCACCAACGUUCCCUUCUUCACCUACAACUGUUUCUGUGGUGGUGUUUGGAUGUUCAGCACUGCCUAUUGUGAGAUCUACGCUGCCCUGGGUGCUGUUACUGGCGUGACCAGCAUCUGGCUGUUAUGCUUUAUCUCCUUCGACAGGUACAACAUUAUCUGCAAUGGUUUCAAUGGACCGAAGCUGACCACCGGCAAGGCCAUCUUCCUGACCUGCAUCGGCUGGACCAUCUCUAUUAGCUUUGCCAUUGCUCCUUUCUUCGGCUGGGGCAAGUACAUCCUGGAGGGUAUCCUGACUUCCUGCAGCUACGACUAUCUCACUCAGGACUUCAACACCAGGAGCUACAACAUUGUCAUCUUCGUCUUCGACUAUUUCCUCCCGGCCGCUAUCAUCAUUUUCUCUUACGUGUUCAUCGUCAAGGCUAUCUUCGCUCACGAGGCCGCUAUGCGCGCACAGGCCAAGAAGAUGAAUGUGGCAACCCUCCGCUCCGGCGAAGCCGAAUCUCAGCGUGCAGAGAUCCGUAUCGCUAAGACAGCCCUUGUCAACGUUUCUCUGUGGUUCAUCUGUUGGACUCCCUACGCUCUCAUCAGUCUACAGGGUGUGUUGGGCAACUUGACUGGAAUCAAUCCCCUCGUCACCACCCUGCCCGCCAUGCUGGCCAAGUCCUGCUCAUGCUACAAUCCUUUCGUGUACGCCAUCAGCCACCCCAAGUACCGUCUGGCCAUUACCCAGUACAUGCCUUGGUUCUGCGUGCACGAGACGGAAAAGAAGAGUACUGAUGACUCCCAGUCUACCGCCACUGUAGCUCAGGACAAGGCCUAAGCAGUAGGAUACCGACUGAAACGCCACAAGAUACGAUAACGAACUCCUGACACGUUACGACUGAAACCUUCGAUCACCCGACAAUGCGCACGAUACUUCAUCGAACCCUACGUCCUUAAAUCCCCAAACAAGAGGCCUCUUGGUGUCUACCAAUACCAAUAAAUCCCAGCAAUUGUU